AUGACUUGUCGUAGAGGUUGGAUAUUUGAUCUUGUAGCAAAAACAUAUUAUAGUGGAGCUUUUGAGUGGACUCUCAAGUCCCGUGGUUUUUCCCUUUUGCUUCGAAAGGGUUUUCCAUAUUACCGCUCACUCACCCCCACAUUCCCUGCCACACCAUCGAAUUUCCCCUCAAAACCUCCCCCUCCGCCGCCGCACCACACACCUCCACCCUUCGCCGCCGUCGAUGCUCCGGAGAAAGUCGUCGAGCUCGGCGACCAGAUCUCGAACCUCACCCUCGCCGACACUCAGAAGCUCGUCGAGUACCUCCAGGACAAGCUCGGCGUCUUCGCCGCCUCUUUCGCCCCCUUCGACGUGGUGAUCGACGACGUGCCAAGCAACUCAAGGAUCGCGACGAUUAAGGUGGUUAGGGCUCCGACGAGCCUGGCGCUGAAGGAGGCGAAGAAAUUGAUUGAAGGAUUGCCGAAGAAAUUCAAGGAAAAAGUGACGAAGGAGGAGGCGGAGGAGGCAAAGAAGCAGCUCGAGGAGGCCGGCGCGAAGAUCUUUAUUUUAGCGCGAUGCAGAGGAAAUUUCGAUCGACUAAUUUUGUGCGGUAAAUGA